AUUUAUUUGUGCUGUUGCUUGUAGUUUCAUUAUUCUCAUGUUCUUUAUUUUUAUUUGACUUGUCCUUUAUUACCUGAACAUAUCACAUACCUAACCGUACUGAAACCGUUACCUUAAAACCGUGAUAAAAACCGAACAGUGAGUAAUUUGAACUAGAUUGGUUACACAAUUAGCCUAUUUGUUUCUAUAGUGGCUCAUUUGUUAAUUGAUUAGCCACACCUGUUUCCUGUUUUCUCCCUCAUUUGCCCUGUGUAUUAUAACUCUCAGUCAGUUUACGUUGUAGUGGCUUUUCUUGUAUAUAUUAUGUUGGUUUGCUGCAUUGUGUUUGUUGUUACAUUGCUAAGACUUUGCGCUCUUGUUUUUAAUUUGCUGAUAAUUAAAAUAAAAUAAAAUAAAAACUCACUGCUAAACAUGAUGCUUAAUUUAAACUUAUGAUUGCUCAUUUGGAAAUUGUAGCAAAAAAUAAAAGAGUGUUCACUUAUCUUAGACGUUGAUUUCAGAUGCUUUCUGAAACUGGCUGCAGUGUAGACUGCUAAGCAAACACUACCAGUAUUUUUUGAAUUUUGAGCCGCGGCUCAUUGGCAGCUGAUGUAACAGCAACCAAUCAGCUGCGCUAUGUAGAUAACGAUAUGAUAGUGUUGCCAAAUUGGGCUACUCUAACACUGUUGCCGCGGUUUGAAGCAAACCCAAAUAACAUGAUAUUUAGCCCCUGGAAUGCGAAUUUUACCAGGGGAACCCCGCCAAAACCGCGGAUUUUACCCACAGGAACGCGAUUUUUACCGGGUGACCCCCAUGAAACGUGAUUGGGCUAGCAAUUUUGAGUAGCAAAUGGGCGUGUUUUGUUGUCCAAACCUGGCAACCUUCCAAAUUGCGUUAAGGAUCUAUCAGCCUUCGCCAUCUUUUCAUGACAGAACUUGAUCAAAUUGCACAGCUAUAUGGGAAGACGAAAGAGCUUCUGAAGGUCUUCAGUCAGUGCAAUGAUGCUGAGAAUGUAGAGACAAUAAAGAGUGUUCUUCCAAAUCUUCUGUUUUCAUACUCUGACACUGAGAACCCUGAGGAAGCCAUGAGAAACCCUGUGGCCGCUUACAGACUCCUCAGACAAAUGAGAAAUGAUUUGAUAUAUAUUGUAAAUCAGCCGGAUCUUUAUCAGUGUAAAAAGUAUCAGAAUGAGUCGGACACAAAACUCCUAGAGAUCCCACAGCUGGAGGACUUGGAUGGUGCAGCUUCAGGACUGAUCAGACUGCAAGAGAUCUACAAACUCCACCCAGAAGACAUCACAAAGGAAACGUCUCUAAAUGCAGAUGAAGCCUACAAUGUAGGGUUGGUCGCUUACGAUGAGGAAAAAUUCCAGCAUGCCUUUCUGUGGUUUCUGUACAGUCUGGACAGAUUAACAGAAUACGCGACCACUACUGAGGAAGAGUUGCUCCGUUACCUUAGUUCCUCAGUCUAUCAUUUUGGCAGCCUGUCUGUGGCAAUCUACUUCAGCCAAGAGCUUCUAAAUCUGGAUCCAAGUAAUGAUGAAGCCAGAGCUCAGCUGAACAGACUCCUUCACUUACAGAGCAACCCUGACAUAUUCACACUGAACACAGAGUCAAGUAACUAUGAGACACUGUGCAGAGGAGAGGUUGACGAGAGAAUCUCUGAGAGGCAGAGGGCGCUGUCCUGUAGGUACAGCACAGGUGGAGGAAACCCCAGACUGAUGUACGCACCAGUGAAAGAGGAAGUGGAGUGGGACGAGCCUCAAAUCAUCAGAUACCAUGACAUUAUAUCAGACAGAGAGAUAGAAUUCCUGAAGAAUAUCUCCAGACCUCAACUUUCUAGGUCCGAGAUUUAUGUGUCUGGAAACAACAAACUCUCAAAACUGCGUGUUUCUCAAAGUGUUUUUCUAGGCGAAAGCCCUGAGGAAGCUCGUGUCAGUCAGAAGAUUGCAGAUGCUACAGGACUCUCCAUGGAAUCGGCUGAAACACUGCUUGUUCAGAAUUAUGGGAUUGGUGGUGCAUUUGAACAGCAUAUUGAUGCAUUGGAGACCGUGAAUGACAGGAUUGCUACAUGCCUAAUUUAUAUGAAUGAUGUGGAGAUAGGGGGCGCCACUGUAUUCCCAAAAUUUGGUGUUGCAGUGCAGCCGAAAAAGGGUUCAGCCGUGUUUUGGUACAAUCUCCUCAGAAAUGGUGAAGUGAAUUGGAAUACGGAGCAUGCUGGAUGCCCUGUGUUAGUGGGCAACAAAUGGGUGGCUAACAAAUGGAUCCAUGAGAUUGGACAGGAAUUCAGGAGGCCCUGUUCUUUGUCAGACUGGGAGUGAAAGACUCUACAGGGCCUGAAAUCAAUAUAUUUGUAUCUGUACUAUAUAUAUUUUAACAUGACUACAGAGAAAGUUGUACUCUAUCUGUACAUGUUGUAUUAAUUAUGUAUCAUUCAUGUAGGCAGGAUCUGUUACAGAUUUGUCGUAUUCGUUGUCACUUUCACUUCCUCCGAUCACAGCUGAGUUUAUUUCAUAGCUUGCCCUUCUCCCGAUGCAGUUGAGCCAAUAUAUCUGAUCACAAAUUCUACCUUGUGUGAUAUUUCCGCCUACACUGGUCAAUAGCUCUAACGUGCACUGCAGGAAGGUACUGUGCUUUUCUGUCUGCCAAAGCUCAGUAAGGGUAUAGGGUUAGGAUUAGUUUUUCAAUGUGUUACAAUGAAUAUUUAGAGUCUGCCUGGGUCAAAUCUUUCAUACAAAAUAAACUUGAGAAUGCAGAA